AUGAACCUGCCUAUAGAGCCAUUGGUCCUGUCAGAAAAAGAAAGAAAUGAAGAUACCAAUGAACUUGUGACACAACUAAAAUUGGCUUCCUUGAGAACCAAUAAACAGGGUAAAGCCCAUCAUAACGAGUUUACGAUAUUUGACAGUGACAUCACCCUUGACGGAUGGCGUUUUAAUGAGUUUGAUUAUGCUAAGACCAAGAUCAGCUUACCAACUAACGCACGAGGGCUGUUUACCAAGACAUACAAAGAUGGCACUUCAAAGAUUAUUACUCGAGGUUAUGACAAAUUUUUCAACGUCAACGAGGUGCUUCCAACUAGACCAGACUGGAUUUUAAAAAACACGAUAGGUCCAUACGAAGUUACGCUUAAGGAAAAUGGCUGCAUCAUAUUUGUUUCAGGUCUACAAGAUGGCACUAUUAUCGUCUCUUCUAAGAAUUCGACUGGAGAUAGAACUGAGUUAUCAAGGAACCAUGCAAAAGUUGGUCAAGAAUAUCUAUUGAAGCAGCUAAAAGAGAAUGGAAUAGCGGCUGAAUCAUUGGCUAAAUCACUUUAUGAAUUGAACGUGACUGCGGUCGCAGAGUAUUGUGAUGAUGAAUUUGAGGAACAUGUGUUGGAGUAUCCAAAAGACAAGGCCGGCCUCUUCUUGCAUGGUUUAAAUGUCAACAAGCCCGUAUUCAAAUCGUACCCUAUGGAGCAAGUCUGCAAGUUUGCAGACGCCUUUGGUUUUAACAAGGUUGAAUAUUUGAUGAAGGACAACUCGGCUGAGUUGUUUGAGUUUCUAGAUGGCUGUUCGACUACCGGAACUUACAAUGGAAGAGAGAUUGAAGGCAAAUCGGUCCGAGAAAUGCGCAUCACCAAACAUAAGAAAGUCUCUUUGGAGUAUCUUUCUUUCAUUAAACCACUAUUAGUUGGGAACACAAAACUAUCUGAAGAGUUUCUGCAAGGUCAUGGAAUUAUUGCAUUGAGAAAGCUUUUCCUCCAACAUUGCGGUAUGAAAGGGUAUGAAAUAGCUAACGAGGAGGACACGGAAGACGAACGAAUGAAGGAGUUGGAAUUGCAACUCUCUAAUAUAUCACUAACCGAUGCAAUUUACAAAUUUGUCAUAGUAAACGUCGCAGUUAUUGGUUGCGGAAAAACAACCACAUCAAUUAUGCUUAGUAAAUUACUCCCUAAGUGUGGCCAUGUUCAAAGUGAUAAUAUUACCAAACCUGUAAAGGACAAAUUAACUAGAAUGGCUCUUGAAACAUUAAGGGACCAUGAUAUGGUAAUUAUUGACAGGGGCAACCAUCUUCUUCGAGAGAGAAAACAGAUAUUUGAUGAGUUUGAAGAUCUAUAUCAUGAUUACCUCCCAAUCAAUACGAAGUUCAAGUUUGUCUGUCUGAAUUAUGUUUCCAACAAAAACUCGCCAGAACUUUGGAACCUAACCAGGUCUCGUAUAAUUGAACGGGGAGACAACCAUCAGACUAUCAAAGCGGAAACGCAAGGGGUUAAGUUUGCAGAAUCCAUUAUGAAAGGGUUUAUUAAUCGGUUUCAACCCGUCGAUGUGGAUCACGAACCAGACUCCAAAUUCAAUGUUGUCAUUGAUUUAGAAGUCCAUCCCAACAAUUCUUCGAAAAGUAAUGCUGUGAAGGUCGUCAAUACGCUCAUUGAGUAUUACCCAGAAGUGGUUUCUCCGGUAUCCGAUGAGAAAAUUGAGCAUGCAUUUCAGGACGCUUUGGAUCAUAAACCGGAACUGACUAUAAAAGUUGGAAAAGCAAAGACGAAGAAGGUAAAACCUGCUUAUGUUGGCAUUGGCCUUAGUGACAAAGAUAAAGCUAGACUAAUGGAUGCGAUUGAACAAUUAUUUGCUAGGUGCGCAGCAGAAAACAAUCAACCAGUUGACAUGUCAACAUGGGUCACUCUUAAACAACUAGGAAGAAUCCCAGAGAAGUUGCAUGUUACUUUGGCACAUAUUGCGUCAACCAGGGAUAAGAAGCUUGGGAAGAUAUGGAAUCGAUACACAAAUGAGUACUUUUCAAAAUUUAUCCAAGAAAUGAAUAAAAAGCUGCCUGAUGACUUAAAAGGGUCUCUGCAGACAUUACCUAAUACAAAAGCGCACAUUCGUUUGAAGUCGCUCUGUAUCUCUGAAAAGCUAGCCUGCGUUGAAGUGGACAUCGAAGGCAUUAUCAACGAAUCCCAGUCAAUUACCGUUGAAUCGACCAACAAAUACCCUCACAUUACUCUAGGUACAGUGGAUCAAACCAUUCCAGCUGUGGAGUCUAAUAUAUUAUUACAGGAGUUAAUCUCGCAUCGUGGAUCAUCGGAAACCCCCGAAACUCCAGACGAUCCAGCCAAAACUCAAAUCUCAACUGAAGAAGAAAGUUGCAACAGAAAAUAUCUCUAUACAUUUCCACCUGACAUCCUAUUUAAGGAUCUGAACUUGUUUCUGCAGUUCUAG